UUGUGCCUGUGUGACAGCACGUUUGGACAUUACCCGCUAAAAAGCCGCGAGGGCUGAAACAUCCACCCGUCGUCGUCCUCGUCGACUCAUUGCCAGAGGGGAGAGAGAGAGAGAGAGAGAGAGAGAGAGAGAGAGAGAGGAGAGGAGGGGAGAGAGAGAGAGAGAGAGGUCUAUCAUUGUUCGUUCCGUGUGAGAAAAGGUGAGAGCAGAGGCAGCAGCUGGUUUUGAUCCAACGCCAAAGGGAUUUUGCCACCUCCUCCUCUUGCUUCACCCUUUCCUCAAAUUAAUUCACAAUUCCUUCGAUUCGCAUUAUGGUCAUAUCUGAUUUCCGUUCGCAUUCCAUUUUCAUUUUCAUUUUCAUUUUCGUAAGUUCGUGAAGUUUCAGAGCGUUGUCCGUCAUUGGGUUGAAUUUGAGAGGGGAUUCUUCUUGAAUGGAUCGAUACCGCUAGAGAAGGAGACGAAUUUGUGUUGUGAUGUGUAAGUGACUCAAUAUUGCAGUUGUGAUUGACUCAGAGGAGGGGUAUUCUUAUGGCAAAGACGAGUACGAGCAUCGAUUCUUCUUCCUCUAGAGCUAUGGCUGGUAACAAACCCAAGAGGCUCUAUAAAGUUUGGAACGGAAGCAACAAAUUUUUCUGUUUUGGAAGAUUGAUCUUUGGUCCUGAUGCUGCAUCUCUAUUUUUGUCAAUACUCCUAAUUGCUGGUCCUUCGGUUGCUUUUUGUGUGAGAAUAUAUCACAAAAUCGAGAAUGAGAAGACACUAGAUGAUGGCCAUUGGUACCCUGUCUUAGUUGUUGGAGCAAUCCUCACCAUCAUGGAUUUGAUAUUUCUCAUCCUGACAUCUGGGAGAGAUCCUGGAAUUAUCCCUAGAAACACAAGGCCUCCUGAAUCGGAUGAAAGACUUGAUGCGUGUACCCCAUCUACAGAGUGGGUCAAUGGUAGCGCCCCUCAUUUGAAACUACCGCGGACAAGGGAUGCUAUUGUGAAUGGCCACACAAUAAAAGUGAAGUAUUGUGACACAUGUUUGCUUUAUCGUCCACCCCGUGCUUCUCAUUGUUCCAUCUGCAACAACUGUGUUCAACGAUUUGAUCACCACUGUCCCUGGGUUGGUCAGUGCAUUGGAAUACGUAACUAUCGGUUCUUCUUCAUGUUUAUAUCAACAUCGACCAUCUUGUGCUUAUAUGUCUUUCUGUUUUCUUGGAUUAACAUUCUUCAUCCAAGAAAAAAAUUUUUGAAUGCUAUUUCAGAUGACAUCCUCUCAGACUUUCUCAUUGUAUACUGCUUCAUUGCCAUCUGGUUUGUUGGUGGCCUAACAGCUUUCCAUUUCUAUCUGAUUUGCACAAACCAGACAACCUAUGAAAACUUUCGGUACCGAUAUGAUAAGAAGGAAAAUCCCUUUACGAAGGGAAUGAUAGGAAACCUUAGAGAGAUUUUUCUCUCUGAGAUCCCACCUUCAAUGCACGAUUUCCGGGCUAUAGUACAUGAAGAUGAUCAAAUAGACGCAGCAUCUGGCACGCCGGGCAUUCUUGAGGGAGGUAUCAUUGGCUCAAAAGAAAAUUUCAACAUUGCAAUGGGAACAAUGCCUGCAGAAGAUGGUGCUUUGUCGCUUCCUCAAAUAUUGCAAAACUUGGAUUAUGAUGGUUUGGAGGAUAAUUUGAAGAGCAAUGAAAGAAGGGGAAUUGCUUAUGACCCGUUCUUUCCUGCUGAGCAAGGAACAGAAGAAUCUGUGCAAGGUUCUGCUGCUAAAGAGGGGAAUAUCAAUAAGAGAACUGUUGAUGGAUUUAGCUCUCAGGAAACAAUGAUGCCAAUUGAUCACGUUUAGAGAAGCAAAGAAUUUUGAUGCAAACAAUAGUAUCUUGCUCUUGCUUCUAUGGUGGUGGUUUGCGGAGAAUUGUGAGUGCUACGAGUUAAUAGUACCCCAAGGCCUAGAUUGAGUGCAAGCUCAUUGAUGUUGUUUGCUCAAAAGCAGAUGAGAUUAGUCACACUCAUCUGUUCAUUUUAAAGCUGAGAUUGGAACUGCAUGCUGAAUGUAGUAGCAAUUGGUGGGGUGGUGCCAAUUGCUCACAACAAUGCAAAAACCGGCAGGAAAAUAAUGGAAGAUGCUCUCCCAUCCAGCGAGUGUAAAAUGUUCAGUAGCCUUCUGCUGUAUGUAGCUUUCUCUUUCUUUUAUUUCCUUUUUCUCCUCCCCCCUUACCAUACUGGAGAUUUCAUAUUUGUUCGGUUAGUUUUAUAUGAAAUCUCAUACUGAUUGUAAUUUUAUGCUAAAAUGCACAGAAUUUGGAGGCUUUUUGAAUGUUACAGAAACUCUCUCUGUAUCUCUCUAUCUCUCUCCAUGGGCGACCAAUCCAUUUAAAAAUAAGGACUUGUAUUUUUUUUU